ACAGAGGAAAUGAAAGCCAUUCAAAAGAAAGUAUUUGUUCGUUGGAUCAACUAUCAAAUAGCCAAGACUGAGAAUCCUGUAGCAAUUACUAAUCUAAUUAAAGACCUAAAGGAUGGCAAUAUCCUCUUAACUUUAUUAGAAUUAAACACUGGUGAAAAGAUGCCUAGAGAAACUGGAAGACUUAGGAUCAAUCAUAUGUUCAAUUGUAGUAAAGUUUUGGGUUAUUUGCAGAAGCAGAAGAUAAAAAUUAGUGUAACAAGAAAUGAUGUUCCCGACGGUAAAGUUGAUGCUAUAUUGUCUUUAGUGUGGAACAUAAUUCUUUACUUUCAGGUAUUGCGAUAUACUGUUAAAAAACAGCCAAAAGCUCCCAUAUUUAAGAAAGGAACAGGGAAGAAAGCUUUGUUGCUAUGGUGUCAGGCUGCUACGACUAAAUCAUUCUCACUGGGAGUUAUAACCAAUUUUACAACCGAUUGGAUUAAUGGCUAUGCUUUUAUGUUUAUCGUUCACAGCCUAAGACCUAAUUUAGUGAACUUAGAGCAGGAUAUAGGCGAUGAUAACAAGAAAAAUUUAGAUAAGGCAUUUACUUUACUGGAAGAGCAUUUAAAUGUCCCUAGGCUUCUUGAACCAAGUGAUGUUGAUGUCGAGCAACCGGAUGAAAAAUCGAUACUUACGUAUAUAGCUUGCAUAUACCGUAGAUAUCCG